AUGGCCGACAGAAACUUUACAAAAUGUUUAACGCCCAAUGAAGCAGCAGCAUGGGUAUCAUUUCAAGAUGUUGUUCACAACUUUCUCGGUAACCGCAAAUCCCCGGAUUUCAAGCAGAUAAUCGACAGUUUGUUGCAAAAUUAUUACAAGAUUGGAGCUCGAAUGUCUCUCAAAAUACAUUUUCUGCAUUCCUAUCUCGAAUUUUUUCCUGAAAACUUGGGUGAUACAAGCGACGAGCAAGGAGAGCGACUACACCAAGAUUUGGCGAAAAUCGAAAAACGAUACCAAGGAUUUUGGGACGAGGGCAUGAUGAGCGACUACUGUUGGACUUUAAUGCGUGAAACAGAUCCCAAACAGUACAAGCGACUCAGUUCGACUGCUCUUCAUUUCUAA